UCUUUAAAUUCUAAGACUGGUCUCCGAAAUUACAACCCUCAAAAUGUCCUAUUUUACCGCGUUGACUAUAUUCUCUCUCUUCUUUUCCACGGGGCUAUCUCUCUGAAUGUUGGCCCAGAAUAUAGCCAUCCGAUCGAGGAUCUUGAUGUUGAUCUUCCGUUUUCCCAACCCGUCACCUUCGCGCAUCUCGAAUGGCAGCGGUGUCUCGCCGCGUCCCACGAUCGGCCGCUUGAUAUCGCCCUUCUAGGAUUCCCAUACGAUACUUCAACGUCCUACCGUCCGGGAGCACGUUUUGGCCCGCGGGGCAUUCGAGCUGGAUCAGCAAGGGAAAAGAAGGGGCGUAGCUACAACACCAUUGACUGCGGAGAUAUCCCUAUCACUCCCUUCGACGCUGCACAUGCUUUCAAACAAAUGGAACAAGGAUACAGACAAGUCCUAUACCACCCGACCUCUGAGCAAAACAAAUGGGAGCAUCCGCGCAUAGUAAGCCUGGGCGGAGAUCACUCAAUUGUGCUGCCGAUUUUGCGAUCGUUGAAACAAGUAUACGGACCUAUUUCAGUAAUCCAUCUUGACUCCCACCUUGACACAUGGGAUCCUUAUGAGGGUUAUACUGGAAUCGCUUCCAACCAAUCGGCCAUCACACACGGAACCUUCUUUUGGCAUGCUAGUCGAGAGGGUUGCAUUAGCAAAGGAACCAGUGUUCAUGGAGGAUUGAGAACGAAGCUUUUUGUUAAGUCCCGGGAUUACGAAAUUGACCAGAAUGUUGGAUUCACAAUUAUCGAGGCCCAAGAAAUCGAUGAGAUCGGCAUGUCAGGAAUUAUCGAGAAGGUCCGGAACACAGUCAAAGAUACACCCACGUAUCUUUCUAUCGAUAUUGAUGUACUUGAUCCAAGUAUCGCCCCAGCGACCGGGACUCCGGAGUCUGGUGGCUGGACCACUCGCGAAUUGAAGCGAUUCAUCAAGGGUCUUGAAGGUAUCCAUUUGGUUGGCGCGGAUGUUGUGGAGGUCAGUCCGCCAUAUGAUUCUGUUGCCGAGACAACCUCCGUGGCAGCGGCGGAUUUGAUUGUUGAUAUUUUGGCAUCCAUGGCCAAGUUGAAUGAAGGCCCCAAGGUCAAGACGACAAAAGAUGAGCUCUGA